AUGUCGGUGCAACAAUGCAUAACGUCAUCGCCUACACCGGCCAAAGUUGGCUCGCCUGGCCUGUCUCAAAAAGUCACGCCUGCUCUCUCACGCAUUGGCAUCCAUUCGCAGUUGUCUGCUGGAAUGGUUGCCGCGGCGAUGGCAGACCUGCAAUCUGAUCUCGAGAUAAGACAGUCUGUCGUGACGCAAUUCUGUUCAAAAUGCAUUGACAUUUUACAAAACCAAUGCUCCAACGCCAGUUCUUAA